GAUUCCGCGGCGCGCGACAAACAAGUACGGUAUAUGGUACGGCUACGUGUACCGUAUAAUGAUUAGGAGCUGGACGUCGGACCGGGAAGUUUACUGUCUUACUAAAAACUAAAGUUCAGUAUCGAAAUUGAUGUUGCCUUGCGCUAUUUUAGGUUAACGCCACCAUCAUGGAUUCUAAACGCAAACCAGGGGGCUCUGCUCGAGGGCCUGGACCCCAGUCAAAGAAGGCCAGGGUCCAGGACUUCGAAGACCAGGACCCAUCGGUAUUCGAGGAAGAGCUGGCCUUGAUGGAGCAGAUCGAGUCUGAGAUGGAUUCUCAGGGGACCAAUGGAUCUGUUGGAGGACCAGGACCAUCAGUUAACAAUGGUGCCAAUUUGCAGAGACAGCAGAGUACAUGUCGGCAUCCUAAGUGGCCUCGCCCUCCGCUGGCUCCGAUCGACCCCGCGAAAGACUCGAUCGUAUUCCAACAGAUUGAUCUGGAGCAUUAUAUUGGCUCGCACAUUCAGGGCAUGCCCGGUGCAACGUCGGGGCCCACCCCGAUCAUCCGGAUGUUCGGUGUCACCGACGCAGGCAACAGUGUCAUGUGCCACGUCCACGGAUUCACGCCCUACUUCUACAUCCCCGCCCCGCAGAAUUUCACGCCGGAACACUGCUCGAAGUUCAGGGUUGGUCUGAACGACGCGGUCUUGGCCGAUAUGAGGUCUAACAAGGACAACCUGACGCAAGCUGUCUUAGCGGUUGAUGUCAUGCAGAAAGAAAAUGUGUAUGGUUACCAUGGAAACAAGAUGAUGCCUUUCUUGAAGAUUACAGUUGCCUACCCGAAGCUGAUAGCCCCUGCCAGAAGGAUCCUGGAAGCAGGACUAUCGAUCCCGCCUUACCCGCACAGGGGGUACCAGACUUACGAGAGCAACAUUGACUUUGAGAUCAGAUUUAUGGUUGAUGCCGAUGUUGUCGGUUGCAAUUGGAUCGAGGUGCCAGCUGGGAGCUAUCGUGUGCGAUCGUCCUCGGGGCACACUCCUGUUUCGGCGUCACAGAUCGAGAUCGAUGUUGCGUGGGACCGCUUCAUCAGCCAUCCUGCCGACGGCCAGUGGCAGAAGGUGGCGCCCUUCAGGAUAAUGAGUUUUGAUAUCGAAUGUGCGGGGCGGAAAGGAAUUUUCCCAGAAGCAGAGAAAGACCCCGUUAUCCAGAUUGCCAACAUGGUGAUCCGGCAGGGAGAGAGGGAUCCCUUCAUCAGAAACAUCUUUACGCUCGAUACUUGCGCCCCUAUCGUUGGCUCCCAGGUGAUGUCGUUCAAAACGGAACACGAGAUGCUACAGGCAUGGGCUGAUUUCGUUAAAGAAGUAGACCCCGAUAUUUUGACGGGGUACAACAUCCAGAACUUUGACAUCCCCUAUCUCAUCAACCGCGCAGCGGCCCUCAGGCUUGCGCGCUUCCCAUUCCUCGGACGCCUCAAGAACACAAAGAGCGUGAUCAGGGAUGUCUCCUUCCAGUCCAAGCAGCUCGGCAAGAGAGAGAACAAGGUUGUCAACAUGGAAGGUCGUGUGCAGUUCGAUCUUCUACAGGUUCUUGUGAGGGACUAUAAACUCAGAUCCUAUCGCCUAAACGCAGUCAGUUACCACUUCCUCCAAGAACAGAAGGAGGACGUUCAACAUUCCAUCAUCACAGAUCUUCAAAAUGGCAAUGAGCAAACCAGAAGACGGUUGGCCGUUUACUGUCUGAAAGACGCCAUGCUCCCGCUGCGUCUCCUCGCCAAACUCAUGUCGGUCAUCAACUACAUGGAGAUGGCCAGGGUGACGGGCGUGCCUCUCACCUACCUGCUCUCUCGAGGGCAGCAGAUAAAAGUCGUCUCGCAGCUUCUCCGAAAGGCCAAGGAACAAGACCUUGUGAUGCCUGCGCACAAAGUAGUUACAGGAGAGGAUUAUGUCGGUGGCUACGUCCUGGAUCCAAUCAGAGGGUACUAUGAUUGUCCGAUUGCGACGCUGGAUUUCUCUUCACUAUAUCCAUCCAUUAUGCAGGCACACAAUCUCUGCUAUACAACUCUCUUAUCACCCUCAAUGAAAGAAAAUCUUGCACCUGAUCAGUACAUCAAGACGCCGACAGGGAACUACUUCGUCAAGAAGGCGGUCAGACGAGGCAUUCUCCCGGAGAUCCUUGAAGAUCUUCUUACAGCAAGGAAGAGAGCAAAGGCAGAUCUGAAGAAGGAAACGGACCCGCUGCGGAAGAAGGUGCUGGACGGCCGACAGCUCGCCCUGAAGGUCAGCGCGAACUCCGUCUACGGAUUCACCGGAGCCCAGGUCGGGAAGCUGCCGUGCCUGGAGAUCUCCCAGAGCGUGACGGCGUUUGGGAGGAUGAUGAUCGACAAGACGAGGCAGCUGGUGGAAACUAAGUACACAGUUGAGAAUGGGUACAAGACCACUGCGAAGGUUAUCUAUGGAGAUACUGACUCGGUAAUGGUCAAGUUCGGUGUUAAUACGGUCGCUGAGAGUAUGGAGCUGGGCAAAGAUGCUGCAAUGUGGAUCUCAGACGAGUUUCCUUCGCCCAUCAAACUGGAAUUUGAAAAGGUCUACUUUCCGUACCUGUUGAUCAACAAGAAGCGAUACGCAGGUCUCUACUUCACGAGACCCGACACCUACGACAAGAUGGACUGCAAGGGAAUCGAGACGGUCCGCAGGGACAGCUGCCCUCUAGUGUCCAACGUCUUAAACAACGUCCUACAGAAGAUCCUUAUUGAAAGGGACCCUACUGGAGCCUUGGACCACACGAAGCAGACCAUCUCGGAUCUCCUCUGUAACCGUAUCGACAUCUCACAGCUUGUCAUAACCAAAGAACUCACCAAGACGGGAGAGGAGUACGCAGGCAGGCAGGCUCAUGUGGAGCUGGCCGCAAGGAUGAAGAAAAGAGAUCCGGGAAGUGCGCCAGCUCUAGGUGACCGCGUCCCGUACGUCAUCAUCGCUAAGGCUAAAGGGGCCGCUGCAUAUGAGAAGUCAGAGGAUCCAAUCUAUGUACUGGAGAAUAACAUUCCAAUUGACACCACAUAUUACCUGGAGAACCAGCUGAAAGGGCCUCUGCUUAGGAUCUUUGAGCCAGUCAUCGGGGAGAAUAAAGUAGAAUCAGUACUAUUGAAGGGGGAGCACACCAGGGCGAAGACCCAGGUCACCUCAAAGAUCGGUGGUCUCAUGGCCUUUGCUAAGAAGAGAAGCAAGUGCCUCGGAUGCAAGAUGGGUCUGGACCAAGAUGGCAUCGCCCUCUGCAAGUUCUGCAAGGCCAACGAGUCUUCCAUCUACCAGAAGGAGAUCAGUCAAUUGGCAGCCUUGGAGGAGAAGUUUGGACGUCUGUGGACGCAAUGUCAGCGCUGCCAGGGGAGUCUGCAUGAAGAUAUCUUGUGUACGAGUCGUGACUGUCCGAUCUUCUACAUGCGCAAGAAAGUUCAGAAGGACCUUGCCGACCAGGACGCUCUCAUCAAGAGAUUCGGCAACCCGUGCUGGUGAUCGACGACCACCACCUGCCAUGGACGUCUACCGGCAGUGACCAUAGGCAUAAGUGAUCAUCGUUGUUGAAUAGUCUGCAUGCACAGACUCAAAUUUGAAACUUCAACCAAAACCAUGUCUAGAAUGAAGACUAGACACCAAACUCUCUGUCUGUGUCAAAAUGCCACUGUACAUAGUGAAUGUAGUCUCACUACUUCAGACUCUGCAUUAUUCACUAAGCGAAUUGCGAAAACCAAGGGUCUGCAUCUGCAGACUAGUUGUUGACCAGUGUCCAGCGUUGACCUAUGGAUAACAUAUCACAAUAUGAAGUCAUCUCUUUAAAGAAUUCUGAAAGGAGACGAGAUAUGUGGUCUUAAAGAACAGGAUUUGUAAGGGCAUGUUCUGAUGAGAAAGCACUUACAAAGCAAAUGUGGUCUUUAUCUAUAGCCAGGUGAUUCAUAUCUAGCCAAUCCAUGAUGGAGAAAAGUAAUUCAUCCAUUAAUUGCAGAGAUAAAUUGCCUCCUCUGUCUCCUGCCAACUGGUCCACUCAUCACACGGUCUACCUUCACUUUGUCUAAUGCCAUUCCAUCCAUAAACAUAUUGACUAACAACCAUGUGGUCCAAUAACUUAUUCAACUUUCAAGUUCUUAACUCAAGACCCAUCUUUUCCGAAUCUCAUAACUAGGUGUAGUAUUGGUAAUUAUUUUAUUGGUAACAAUUGUAAGUUUGAAUAUUAAGUAAUUCACAAGUCUAUUUCUGUGUAUUUGUUUCCUUUAUUAUAAAGUGCAAAAAAAAAUUCAGUUUAUUAUGCGCUAUAUAAGAGAAGUAUUAUUAUUAUUAUUAUAAAUUUAUAUUUUAUAACCAUUUGGUCUAAUCACUAGUUCGUUUAUGACCAUGUCGUCUCAUAACCUCAUAUUCAUUUUAUUUUCAUUCGUUUUGCGCAAUUAACACUAAGUCAAAUUAGACCAAAUGGUAUAUGAACUUAAUUGCUAUUGGACCGUGUGGAUAGUGGAUGAAUUGAUGGUAGACCAAAUGAUAGUAGACGAGCUGGUAAUGGGACGAGAUGGCAUUAGACUAAUUGAAAAUAAACCUUUGCAGGGAUUUAUGAUUGAUACGAGUAACAGAUGAACUAAUAAAAUGGAACGUGUACUAUUGGAGAUUAGUGUCAUAAUUGGCUAUCUGUAGUUCAAUCACAACUUUUGACCAUAGUUCUGGACAUAGAUUAUUUUUUGCAUGUGGCUGAAAUUUUCACUGUCCAAUUAUUAUGUGCAUAACUACAUGUAGGGGAAGGUGUGUGAUUUUAAAGGGAGACGUGUAUUUUUUACUAAAGGGUAAAAAUAUAAUUUCUUCGUUAGAAACUAUAGCGUUGUCAUUUUCUGAUUAAUCAGAAAACGAAGCAUCUUGGAAAAUAAACUUAUAUUUAUGAUAUUGUCUCUCUA